AUGCGCGGCAGCCGCAGCGUCUCUGGCUACCGCGACUCCACCUUCGGCUCAGACGCCGAGCUGCAGGCGCCAAUCCGUUCGCCACCAUUACCCACGGCGGUAGCAAGGAAGCUGAGCAGAGCUCAGGCGGCGGCGUGCGCCCGCUACGAGCAUGUGCAUGACCCAUGCGCGCUGGCUGACAAGCAUGAUGACGAGCUCGUGAUGGCAUGGACAAGGACUACGCCGGUCACGGGUCACCACGUGCCCAAUAGGCUGAAGCACAACAGACGCUUCGACACGCAGCCGUUCGCCACCGUCUUCGUGCUCACAGACCACAUAUACUGGGGCGCAGUGCUGCCGAUCGUCAUGGACAUCUUGUGCUCGUCCCAGGGGCUGCUGUUCCUGUACACGAUAAAGAAUGACAACAACGGUGAGCGUGGGAACAUCCCGUUGUACUCGGCGUGA